AUGCAGGAAGCAGGAAGCGUUGCUAGAGCUAGGGUUUCAAGGGUAGCCGAGGGAGGAGAAGAUGCGACGGAGGAAGGAGAUGAUGGAGAUGGGGAGGUGGUUGAUCCUGAUGGGGUUGGGGUCUUGGUAGAGGUCAACCUUUUUGCCAUUGUUGUAGAUGCUUUGGUGUCUUCUCUGUUAGAGAAGCGCAGCUUUGCGAUGGUGGUGGAAACGCAGGCAUUGAUUUGCAUGGUGGUGAGCUGCGUUGUGGUGGUGGGAUUGUUGUGCAGCGGUGAUUUUGAACACAUAAGUAAAGAAGCGCACCGCUUCCGGGCGGGAGAAAGGGGGUAUAUUCUUACUCUCUUGUGGUCUGCCAUUAGCUGGCAAAUGUGUGUUGUGGGAACUUAUGGACUGGUUUCCAUGGUGUCUUCCUUAUAUUCCAUGGUGGUCAGCACUUUAACGCUGCCGGUUAUUCCAGUUUUAGCUCUGGUUAUCUUUGACGAUAAAAUAAAUUCGUUGAAGGUGAUUGGAAUGGUGUUAGGGAUUUGGGGAUUUGUUUCCUACGCUUAUGGAGGAUACCAAGAGUGGAAAAAGGCUGAGGAGGCUCCAUUGCCGACCUCCCCAGCAUAG